AUGAUUUCUGCUGUCCUUCAGACUCCACCUGCAUCAGUCUCAGACCAGGGUAGCUCCUCCAUCUGCUGUCCCGCCGGUAGUGAUUGUAACUACAUCUCGCCGAUUACAUGUGAUAUACAGCAGCAGGAUGUCACCAUUUACCCAGAGAGUGUCAUCAAGACAACCCGUCUGGGCGACAGCCUUCCGAAAUGCGGCGAUGCGUGCUGCCCCAUCUGUAUCCAGCUCCUCUACGAACACAGCAUCAUCCUCGACAACGGCUACAAGCUCUGCAACACCCCAGGCAACCAUCACACCCGUGCCAUCCCCUCAUCCGAAAAGUCCUCGAACUCCACAACCUGCGCAGCAGUAUCAACAUCCUGUCCCUCCUUCCCAGCCGGAGCUAUAGCAGCAGGAUUCUUCCCAGGCGCAGUCUUCGGCGCUGUCGCCGCCCUCUUAAUAACAUUAUGUUUCCGACGAGCCCGAAAAGAUGAAUGUGAAAUCCAAGAAGGCAAAACCGGACCAAACUGGUCCCAACGCUCUUCUUCCGGCGCGAUAUUGUGCAUAUCAAAUCCCAUCCCCCAAGACGAUACCUCCUACCGUACCGACUUCCUCCGAAGCCCACCACGAGCCAAGCGCUCUUCGAUAGGAGGACGCUCCACCCGCACGAUGAUCCAUCGCACCGGCAGCAGGGUGCGGAGUCUAUUCUCCGGUUAUCCAAGACAGAAUCCUCAGCUAGACAAGGAUGUGCCGCCUAUCCCUAUGCCGAAUCCCGUGGCAUCGGCCCCGUUUACUCCGCCUCGGCAGCGUCAGCCGAGCACGGAAAGUAUCAAGGUGUAUUCGCCGCCUGAGUCGUUGUUUUUGCAGAAUCGCAAUCGUUUGGGACCAGAGCCGUAUCCUGGUUCUGCUGCUAGGCCGGAUACUCUGUUUAGCAACCUGAUGCGGGAUGUUGGGACUCCUCAGGGUGGUAAGGGGAAGGUGCCUUAUCCGACUCACGAUGAUAACCGGGAAAAUCCGUUCCGGGAUCCUGUGCGUUGA